AUGUUCUCCACCACCUUCCGCGCUGCGGCCCGCGCACCCACCUCGACCUUCGCACGCAGCUUCUCGUCCACCCGCCCCUCGCAGGUCGCGCGCAUGACCGUCAUCGGCCGUCUCGGUGUUGCGCCAGAAGAAGUCACUGUCUCUGGCGACAGGACACUUGUGCGCUACGUAGUAGGAACGAGCUACGGCAAGGGCGAGGACAAGAAGACCAGCUGGUUCCGGAUUGCGAGUUUCGUGCAGGGCGCGCAGAAGGAUUUCCUGAUGAACGUGCCCAAGGGAUCGAUGCUCUAUGUGGAUGCGGAUGCGCGCAUGGAGACGUACCUUGACAGCGAGGGCAACAAGAAGAGCAAUUUGAGCUUGGUCGCACGCAACUUUGAUGUCUUGUCUCGUGCUCGUAUUGAGGACACGGAGAAUAACGACGAGGGCCUUGUUCAGGAAGCUUCUGGUUAG